CUUCGGGGAGCGGCCGCCAGGGGCAGCCCGGGGCAGCCCGGGGGUCCGGAGCUGGGCGCCCAGCACAGAGGAGCCCUUGGAGCAUCGCUGAGCCCCAGCCCAGAUCCAAGGGGUUUGGAUCUGUGGUCACCAGGACUAACUGGCGAGGGGAAGGACUCUCCAGCCUACCCAGGAAAAGGGGGCAGAAACAAUCAAAGAACCAGGCCGAGACCAGACAGCCAAACCACAGGGAAGUGGGGAGGAUACAGAUCAAACGAUGCAGAAAUGAAGAUUUCACACCCCAGCUCCUGAGACCUGGUUUCUUGCCAGACAGGAGCUACCAAGCGACGUUUUCUAACACUGACGAGUGUCCAAGAAAAUGCACCCCAGUGAUUCCAGGCAGGUCCUGAAGGGGGCGCUGCUCUGCUCCCUGCUCGCAGCUCUGCUGCUCCAAGUGGCCGUCGGGCUGGAGUGCUACAGCUACAGGGGCACCUUCAUGGGCAGCUUCUCCCUGGGCGAGGUGCCCAAGGUUACCUGCGGGCCAGCGCAGAACGUCUGUGCCGAGGGGCUGAUCGUCCUGAGCAUCGGGGGCCCGCGGAUGCUGGUGCUGAUGAAGAAGGGCUGCCACACGGCGCCGUCUCGGGACCUCUCCGGCAUCAGCGAGGGGCCGUAUCUCCCCAACUACUAUCACACCCGCUUCUGCAACACCAGCCUCUGUAACCACCGGCACCGGGACAACAGCCACAUCCCGGCCUUUCCCACAGCACCCCCAGACAACACCUCCAGAAGCCUCCUGUGCUACACCUGCAUUGGGACCACCCCGGAGAGCUGCUCCCCGCGCCGCGCCCAGCAGAGCCAGUGCCGUGCCGACACCCCGCUGUGCUACGAGGGGACAGGCACGGCCACCAUCGGGGACUUUGUGGUCCCCAUCUACCUCCGCUCCUGCCAGGCAUCGGGCUGCGCAUCCAUCACGCCGGCCGACCCUUGGCUGAAUAUCCAGCUCGAGAAAACGUCCUGCUGUGCUCAGCCCCUGUGCAACCACGCGCCGGAGCCGGCGCCCACAGCCAGCCCCCGCCCGUCGCGCCCAGCCCCCACCAAUGGCAGCCCCCGGCCUGGGCUGUCCCUGCCUGCGCUGCUGCUGGGGGGGCUGGGCCUGCUCUGGGAUCAGGGCAGGGGAUGGAGGCUCCCCCUAUAGACGACCCCUCCCAGUCCUGGGGGCACCAUAAGGUCCAUCGAGCCAGCCAUGGCCCAGCUCCUCCCCGGCUCCCGCUGUGCCCAGCUCCUCCCAGGCGCCCUGGCUCCCGCCGUGCCCAGCUCCUCCCAGGCUCCCCGGCUCCCGCCGUGCCCAGCUCCUCCCAGGCGCCCCGGCUCCCGCCGUGCCCAGCUCCUCCCAGGCUCCCGCCGUGCCCAGCUCCUCCCAGGCGCCCCGGCUCCCAUGGAGAUGCUGCCCAGGGUUCUUUAAUACCCGUCACUCUGGCACUGUCCCAGCUAGGUGCGGUCACGGGGCCCCUGCAUGGCUGGCGACUGCCGCCUCCCCCAACUCCCCGGCCCAAUCGUGCUUCAUGUGGGGACUGGGGACUUCUUUGUAAACACGCAGUGGCUGAGCCGGAGACCCCGGAGCUGCCCCAUCCGGCCAGGCCCAGGGUAUUCAGUGGGAGCUGCACGGGCCCAUCUACCCCGGGGCCCCGCCUCCUCCUUGCCCCCGGAUCGGCCCCACGGGCCCAUGUACCUCGGGGCCCCGCCUCCUCCUCACCCCCGGAUCGGCCCCACGGGCCCGUCUACCCCGGGGUCCCGCCUCUCCCUCGCCCCCGGAUCGGCCCCACGGGCCCUGUGACGGGUCGUAGCUCCCGGGUGCCGUCUGGGAGCUGUUGGAACUGCUGUGCCCCCUUGAUUAUUCAGAGGGGCCAGCUCAGCCCUCUCCAGGCCCUGUUAUCCCCCAACACGACAGCAGGUGGCGCCACCCACCCAACUGAGUUACCUGAGUGCUUUACCGAAGCCACCCAAUCGCCAGCUCCCCCGCCUGGCGCCCCCGCUGGAGCAUAAACCCGAACGGGCCCGUCUGGCACCGCACAGGGAGCUGGCGAGUGCAGGCUUCCCGCUCGGUGUGGGGAAGGGAGGUGUGACAGUUACUGGGCCCCCCCUUAAUGGCUUACAAGCGGCCCGUAGGGGGAAGCAGAAGCCUCACGUACACAGUAACCAGAACUUUUGAACUGUCUUUUUGCUUCUGCCUCAAAGCAGAGAAAUCUUGCUCCAAGCCAGUUUUUACUAACCAGAUAACAGGAGCACGAGGUUUGACACCCACCAAUGAGGUGUUAACACGGCUUGGUCUUGUCUGAAAGUGUAUAAAAAGCUUGUGAAACUUGUUAUGCAGCAGAGUUCCUUGUACCUGAGUACAAGGCUCGCCUUUUCCCUGCAGAAUAAAGCAACGUUUCCUUA